UCUCUCUUUCUUUCUGCCGACCCCUAAAAUUCCAAUCUUUUUUCAACUUGCUAACAGUUUUGCAUUUAUGUCUCUCUUUGAAAAUUGUCCUGUUUGUUUCUAACUUUUCUUAUGUAACUCACAUGCUUGCUGUUCUUUCAAUCAUAUUCUUACACGACUACAACUACGAAUUUUUCUUUUAGCCUUUUUUUCUUUUGUUUUAAAGUUUCUCUUUCUGGGUUGCUCUGUUAGAUAAUUCAGCUGACUUCUCUUCUUACUACCUUGGUUUCUCUUGUUGUGGAUCAGAGCUUCGUUUUGGAUUUAAGGAUUGUUUCUUAGGUUUUGCAAUGGACUCCCCACAAUCUGUUGUUUCACCAUUCAAGAUUGGUGAGUCAGAGAAUGAGAACUCAACUUCUGUGCAAAGCUCUGGUAACCGAUCAAAUGGUAUCGAAUCAAAUGGAAAAGAUUCUAUCAGUUGUGGCCGGCAAGACCUUGUUGGUACUCUUCAGGUUUAUGUGCAUCAGGCAAGAGAUAUCCAUAACAUUUGUAUAUACCACAAGCAAGACGUUUAUGCCAAGCUUUGCCUUACCAGUGAUCCUGAAAAGUCUGUCUCGACCAAAAUCAUCAAUGGCGGUGGGAGGAAUCCGGUUUUUGAUGACAACGUUAAGCUUGAUGUCAGGGUUCUGGACACUUCCCUCAAAUGUGAGCUUUACAUGAUGAGCAGAGUGAAGAAUUAUCUCGAAGACCAGCUGCUUGGUUUUACUCUGGUUCCUAUGUCGGAACUGCUCUGCAAGAAUGGUAAACUCGAGAAAGAGUUCUCUCUUUCUUCCACUGAUCUGUACCAUUCGCCAGCUGGUUUUGUUCAUUUGUCUCUCUCCUACAAUGGAUCCUACCCUGAAGUGAUGGCUAUUCCCUCAAUGCCUUCAUGUGUUUCUGUUGAUGAAACUACCAAGAAUCCAGAAGGGUCUGAAUCAGUUCCGGAUGAGUUGGAUAAGAUAGAGUUUCCAGAUCCUAAUGUCGCCAACGAAAACGAGAAGAUGGUUUCCGAGUAUUUUGGGAUCUCCUGUUCCACUAUCGACACAGAAACUUCUGACAGCCUGGUCACUACUGAUACUGACAAUCAUGUAGCCAAUUCUGUCACUUCUAUACUGAAGCAAGAUUCACCUGAGAGCAGCAAUGCAACAAAUGGAGGUGCUUCUCCUCACGCUUCAGCACACUCCGCCACACCAAACCAUGAACAUAUCUCUCUCGUGGAUUCCAAAGCGGAUUCCCAGGAGUCAGGGAGCGAGGCUUCAGGUGAGACAUCCGAGGAGAAGAUUGUGAAACCCACCCUCAGUGUGAGGGUUGAGCCAGAGUCAAAGGUUGUGCAGCAGGAUAUAGUCGACAUGUACAUGAAAAGCAUGCAACAGUUUACUGAUUCACUGGCUAAGAUGAAGCUUCCUCUGGACAUUGAUAGCCCAACAAAAUCAGAGAAUUCAAGCUCUGAUUCUCAGAAGCUGCCAACACCAAAGAGCAACAAUGGAUCCCGUGUGUUCUACGGGAGCAGGCCUUUCUUCUGAGCAUCUGUUUUACCAAGUUCAGAGGAAGAACGCAGGUCACUCUUAGACUUUUCUAAUGAAGAAUGACUAAUCCUAAUGAUGUAAUUUUAUGAUGUACUAUUUGAUGUUGUAUCUCCCAUCUGGUUCAUCUCGAUGCUUUAGCUGAUGUGAAAUUAUUAUUAUGUAUCUCUAGCCUUUGCCCUAUUAGAACUAUGUUCGCACUAUAUGAACCUAAUCAUGUUUGUUUAUCCUGAA